AUGGAGAAGUCUAACAUGAUCUGUCAGCUGAUCAUGAAGAAAUCUAUGAUAGAAGCUGUCUGUGGUGGAAUUCCAGAAUAUGAAAAUUCCAAGGAGUACUUGGAGGCUGUGAAUAAAAAGUUCAAAGAAUUACAAAAGGCUGAAACUGGGAAAUUUGAUGAGCAAGCUGGCAACUAUGAGAUAUGA